CCCAGUUUUUUAUUUUUGGAAUUUUCUGUUUAUUUUUGGGUGCCACCCAAAAGGCUUGAACUAUGAAAAUCUUUGAAUUUUGAGGUCCAGGGAUGGAUAAGUUCAGGGUGAGAUGAGAAAAAGCCACAUAAGGGUAGAAUUUUGGUUUCAGAAACUUGUUUUCUGAACUGAGUUCCCCUUCGGCAAUGGUCGUUAAGUUUUGUUUGAUGGCUUCUCAUGGCUACCCUCCUGCUGGGGUCGUUUUACACCAAGAGCAGGGCAUGAGCAGAGCCAUCCAUGAUUUUCAACCACUUUUUUCGAAUUAUGGACCAAAACAUGAGGCCAUGAGACUUGGAUCCCUCAGUCUGAGAUCACAAGAGUCUGAGGAGCCAUGGAAAUCCAUAAGCGGGUUAUCUGAGUGCAACAAGUAUGUCAAGAUUGACUCUGUGGGUGAAAGGCCCCUGGUUUCCGAUGUGCAAGAUGGCCGUCCAGGUUCCAUGCCUUUCAGCUUUGGAAUAGCAGAACAUUGCAGAAAACACGAAACAAUUUUGCAAUUCCUCAUGAGUGCAGCAAAUGAACCAGAUGGAGGUGGAGUGGAUUUAACUUUACUUUCUGAGGUCAUGGGCUUACAAGCAUUAAAAAUUGAUUCACAUAAACAAGUAACACCUCUUAUCUACCCUGGUUCUGAAUUGUAUGCCCAAAAGCCUCUUUUGGACUUUGUUGGAGAUCUGGUGGGUAGUUCAAAAAUUACAGCUCACCCAGAUGGCCAAGUCUUAUUCAAUGUUACGGGGACUGAGGUGAAGGAUCUACUUUCAGUUGUUGCUGAGUUUUACUUGCCCAAAAACCCAGCUAAGUGGAAAAAGCAGUCAAUGCUGGUCCCACACUAUAAUAGGCUGGACAGCACUGCAGUGGGGGUUAUUCUUGAUGCGCAUUCUUUAAAGCUCCAUGCAACAACUGUUGCUCCUAUGAAGAGUCCUGGAAAGAGAAAGGUCAAGUCACCAAAAGAGAAGGCUGGAAAAAGGGUGGGCAGAGAACGAGAUCUCUACAAGAAGAACUAUUUCCAUGCAUGUGAGAACCUCCUAUCUAUAAUGGCUAACAAGAAGAAGCAUGGAAAAACAGCCUUCCUUUCAUUGAAAAAAUCCGGUCCCGAGCUUCCUGAGCUCCUCACUCAGUUCUCAGCCGGCAUUGCUGGCACUGGCUUGGCUGUUCUAUUCUCUGUUAUCUGUAAAUUAGCUUGUGCAAGGGCACCAUUUUGCUCAUCGAGACUCGUGAGCACCGGAUUAGGAUUUGGCCUGGUUUGGCUUUCUUGGGCAGUUAAUAAGCUGAGGGACACGGUUGUCUACGCCAAUAAGAAUGCAGGCAAGAUGGGGUUGAAAGAAGAUGAAGUGAUGAACAAAGUGGAUAAGAGUGUGGAGGAGAUCUAUUUCAGAGCUGCAACUUUGAUGGCAGUCGCGUUGUUGAGAUUUGCUUAAGCAUCAAAGGAAGUAAUAUAUUCAGGCUGAAGGUGAAUGGUUUGAUGAACUUAGAAGAUCAGGAUGACUAGCUGUGUAUGUGAGAGUAAUUGUAUAUGCUACGGUAUAUAUGUAUAGCUGGUUGAUGAUUAGAUGGGGGUGAAGCUCAUUUGGCUUUGAUGUGGUGAAGAUGGAGAAGCCCAAGUUAAAGUUUUUACAAAAAAAGAAGUGGAAGUAGGAUUCGAAAGAAUCCUAGGCAAGUUUGAGAUGAUGCAGAGUUCAAUUGGGUAUGACCUCUGUCUGAUCAGCAGUCAGUCAGCACAUAUUUAGAUAUUGUGUAUUAUUUAACAAAACAGCAACUUGGAUUGAUUAAUAGUUUUGUUACAGACCAUAAACAUUACUAUCAAUUUUGAGCUUGAUAUUCCUCUUGAUAA